AUGUCCGCCGAGAAGCAGGAGAUUUCGUCGGCUAAACGGUCGAUGUCGCUCUUCCGUCUUGUUUUCGAUCAGCAAAGAAUUACCCGCGAGGUCGAGACUCACCAAUAUGACGGGUCAGGCACGAAGGAGGAUCCUUACGUUGUUACAUGGACACCCAACGAUGCCGGCAACCCUAUGACCUGGAGCAAAGGCUUCAAAUGGAUUGUUACCACUAUCGCCGCGUUCGAGUGCUUGGCCAUGGCAUUCACAUCAAGCGUAUACAGUGGCACCAUCCGCGAGCUCCGUGCGGAUCUCACGACCAGCACCGAUCUCCUUACUGCCGGUCUGUCGUUAUAUGUCUUGGGUUUUGCAGUUGGACCGCUUCUCUGGGCACCGCUUUCCGAGCUCUACGGUCGCCAAAUCAUCUUCCUCAUCAGCUUCACUGGAUUCACCGCUUUCAAUGCGGGCUGCAUCGCGGCCCAGAAUAUUGGGCAGCUGCUGGUCCUGCGCUUCUUUGCCGGCGCUUUCGGUUCUUCACCGCUCACCAAUGCUGGUGGUGUCAUCGCCGACAUUUUCAAUGUUUCCGAGCGAGGUCUCGCAAUGGCUAUCUUCUCACUAGCACCAUCCAUGGGGCCAUGUUUGAGUCCGAUCAUCGGUGGCUUUACCGGUGAAAAUGUAGGCUGGCGCUGGGUCAUGGCAGUGGCGACGAUAUUCUCUGGCGUGCUCCUGGUUUUGGGAGCGCUGCUCGUCCCAGAGACCUACGCGGUUGUUCUGCUCCGGAAGCGUGCUGCCGGAUUAUCAGCGCGAACAGGAAAGGUCUACAAGACAAAGAUCGAGAUCGACAAUGGCACGAUCGCCGUGGCCACCAUCAUCAAGACCUCCUUGAUUCGCCCAUGGGUUCUGCUCUUCCUCGAACCAAUAGUGUUCGUCCUUAGCAUUUACAUUGCUAUCGUGUACGGCACACUAUAUCUCCUCUUCGGCGCCUUCCCCAUUGUGUUCCAACAAACUCGCGGAUGGUCUGAAGGUAUCGGAGCCUUGCCUUUCCUUGGCGUUGCCGUUGGCAUGAUUGUGGCCACCAUCUUCAUUGGCGUUACUGCCCCUCUUUAUGAGCGCGCUGCUAAGCGGCACGGUGGUAUAGCACCACCCGAGGAACGUCUCGUUGUCGCUAUGGUUGGUGCCAUCGCAGUUCCAGUGGGCAUGUUCUGGUUUGCCUGGACGAACUCUCCGGACAUUCACUGGAUCAGUCCAGUCAUCGCGGGCGGAUUCUUCGGAUUUGGCCUUGUCUUGAUCUUCUUGGCCAUCACUAAUUACCUAAUCGACGCUUACACGAUCUUCGCUGCCUCUGUGCUAGCGGCCAACUCGCUGCUGCGAUCUGCUUUUGGCGCCGCGUUUCCGAUGUUCACCAGCUACAUGUACCGGGACUUGGGCAUUCACUGGGCAAGUUCAGUGCCGGCAUUCUUGGCCCUGGCUUGCCUUCCGGCCCCGUUCAUUCUCUACAAGUACGGCGCCGCCAUCCGCAAGCGCUGCACCUAUUCCGCACAGGCUGAGCGUGCCAUGGCAGAGCUGCGACAAAAGGCUGCUGUCGGCGCCGACAAGGACAUCACCGAUGAUGGUUCCGACGUCCAUGACGUGGAGAAGCGAGACUUUGCGCAACGUCAGCAAUCCCAGACAUCUGCGAGCGCCGGCUCCGAUGCGCCCACCGAGACGAAUGCACCACGUUUCGAGCCUAUCAGGCCCGCGACCAUGGAUCGGCGACGUUCCGGCUCGCUAUCGCUGGUCCGCACACGCUCGCUUGCCGAAGCUGCCGAGUAUGAUGCGAACCCGUUCGACAUUGAUCGUGUGAACACCAACACGAGCAUUAGGGGCAUCGUCAAGUCCUAA